AUGGCCGAAAUUUCGCCUGCAGACGCGCAACUCGACGUGAAGAAGGAGGGAAUUGAGAAAGUCGAACAUGUCAACAGCAACGACGCCUCUUCAGAUGAAGCACCGGCUGUCAAGCACAAGAUCACUACAACCCAAUGGCUAGCCAUAAUUGCCCUCGCUUUGUCUUACAUGACUGCGUUCCAGCAGGGCGCAUGUACUGCAGCGAUUGUGAAAAGCAUUGAUGAGGCUCUUGGUCCUACGACAUAUUACAAUUGGAUGCUGACGGCAAAUACGAUCACAUCAACAAUCUCUCUGCCCGUUGCAGGGGGUUUGAGUGAUAUAUUCGGACGAAGAUGGUUCAUGAUCUGUGGUGGCUGUUUGUCUUUGCUCAGCGCGAUCAUUGCACUUUGCGCGAAGAAUAUCAACACCAUGAUCGCAGCGUCGGCAGUUGGAGGCUUGGGCAGGCUUGCUGCCGUUGCAGAACUCGUUCCAAAUAACAAAAGGGGUAUAGUACAAGGUUGUCUUGAUGUCCUAUUGCUUCCUUGGUCUGUUUUCGGAGUAAAUUCUACGCGGUUUUGUAGCAAAGGAAAGGCUAAUACGGAUCACACUUCAGUCAUCAUCGGCAUUGUGCUCAAUGCUGUUUCGAUUGCGCUUGCCUAUCUCUUCUACUUUCCCCCACGAGUCGGGUUGAGAAUUGGUACGAGAACAAAAAUCGAAGCACUGCGGCAGCUGGACUGGACCGGAGUGUUUCUGCUCAACUCUGGUCUGAUCCUGUUCCUCGUCGCUAUUGGCCUCGGCGGUACAACAUUUCCAUGGGGUCAUGCAGGCUUUAUUGCACCAUUUGUGGUCGGCGUAGUGCUCAUUGCUAUAUUCAUCGUGUGGGAAGCCAAAUUUGCAUCUUUCCCAUUCUUGGAUCAUGAUCUAUUCAAAGGCAAGACGAGAACGUUCUCGCUCUACCUAGUAGUCGACUUCGUCGCUGGUAUGGGCCUAUAUGCAGCCGCGGCGUUCUGGGCUCAACUGGCACGUGGAAUUUGGGAAGCAAGUCCCAUCAAGGUCGGAAUUUUGUGCAUUCCAGGCGGAGCCUGCGGCGCAGUAGGUGGAUUCUUUGCUGGAAUGUUGAUCGGUCAGCACAAGUUACUCAAAGCCAAUCUUUGCUUGUGCUACGGCACCGCCGUAAUGAUGACAGGCAACUGGCGCCGAUUCAAGACACAUUUUCAUAAAUCGUACUCAAGAACACAACAUGUUGGACAUCGAAAAUACGGUUCAGUUAUUGCCAUAAGAUACAUUUCAGCUCACGAUACUAGGGCAUUAACUCUUGUCUCGCCUGAUGGGCCCCAUGGCAUUCCUUAUGCUCUUGGAAUUGCAUCAAUAGCGAUGCUGGGAACAGGUUGGACUCUCAUUGCACUCAUCGUGUGCGUUCAGCUUGCCGUUGAAGACAAGGACAUAGGCUCAGGCACACUUCUUCUUGGAUCUGUUCGUGCGAUCGGUGGCAGUGUUGCAAUCACUAUCUAUUCUGCCCUUCUCCAAAACAACUUCGUCGCUCAGAGCCAAAACAUCGCGCUGCAGCUCCUGGAAGUUGGCGCUCCUCUCGAAAUUAUACAACCUCUGGUUCUGAAUUUGAUAAACGAAAACUUCCAGAUCGCUGAGGCUCUUCCGGGGGUGACGCCUCAGAUACUCAGUGCAGCUAGGCAAGCCCUUAAGUCCACCUGGGCCACGGGCUUCCACCACGUAUAUUACUGCGCGGCGUCGUUUGGAGCGGCCGCAUUCGUUGCAGGUUAG